AUGCAGCUCCUCCUGCCCGCCGCCCUGCUCCUCUUCCUCGGACAAGCUGCACGCUCGGAGCCCAAACCCAAGUGUCCGACCCGCUGUGACGUCAGCACGUGUCCGAGUCCCAGCUGUCCCAGCGGCUACGUGCCUGACCGCUGCAACUGCUGCCUGGUGUGCGCACAGGCGGAGGGCGAGCCGUGCGGUCGCAGGGACGACCUGCCGUGCGGAGACGGGCUGGAGUGCAGACAUCCUGCGGGGAAACGGAUUAGCAAAGGCUUCUGUCAGUGCAGGUUCAGCAGCCAGGUGUGUGGAAGUGACGGCAAGACCUACAGGAACAUAUGCCAGCUGAAGGCUACGAGUAGGAAAAACCUUCAGCAGGGUCUUCAAGGGACCACUCAGGUCCAUAAGGGACCGUGUGAGACCGGCACAGGUAGGACUUCAAGUGUGUAAACAUUUCAGACAGGGAGAAUUUCCUCUUCCUCUCCUCUCUCCUUUCCCUGCUCUCUUCUUUCCCUCUCAUCUUCUCUCCAACCUUUCUCCUCUCCCUGCUCUCCUCUCUCCUCUUCCUCUCCUCUCCCUGCUCUCUCCUCUCUCUGCUCUGCUCUCCUCUUUCCUUUUCUUUUCUCUUCCUCCUCUCUCCGCUCUCCUCUCCCUGCUCUCCUCUUUCCUCUUCCUCUCCUCUCUCCUUUCCUUCCUCCUCUCCUCUUCCUGCUCUCCUCUUCCUCUCCUCUCCCUCCUCUCCUCUCCUUGCUCUCCUCUUUCCUCUCCUCUCCCUGCUCUCCUCUUUCCUCCUCCUCUCCCUGCUCUCCUCUUUCCUCUCAUCCCUCCUUUCCUCUCCUCCCUCCUCUCCUUGCUCUCCUCUGUCUCCUCCUGCUCUGCUGAGGCACAGUUAGCCUGGUGCUUUAGCAGUGAUCAGGGUCACUGAAACAGUCUGAACUAAAUUUCAGGACAGAGAGAGCGCUGAUGAUAAAAACAGACUGACUGCAAACCCCCCCCCCCCCCACACACACACACACACACACAUACAAUAACAUAUACAUCAGUCUUCGUGGUAUCUUUGGAGGAAACAGGAAGCCCUGUACACCACACACUCUAUUUACACUCUCUUUGAUCUCUAACCUGUUAUUUAGUCUGACUUUACUCUCUCUGACACACACACAUACACACUCUCUCUCCUUCAGUGAGUGGGUCAGUGGGGCGUUACAUCCUGAGGUGUGGUCAGUGAAAUGAGCUCAGUCUUUAAACGGGUCAGAUAAAGUUUCUAUUCAGCGUCCAGCAGACAGAUUUUAAGAUAUGAGUUUAGUGGAAAAAUACGAGUACCGAGAACCAAACCUCCUCACCUCGGUCACUGUUUGGAUCCUGCUGAUCAGAUUUUAAUCAAGUACAGCUGAAAGUUCCUUAGUCAGGUUAAAGUCCUGCAGUACUUUCUCUAAAAAAUACUUCAAGCUCCUUUUUAAAAGCAUUAACAGGAUGGAUGACCUCUGACCUUCCUCAGGUCUGUGAUAUUAAAGUAUUGAAAAUACCUCACAUUUCCUUUUUAAAAUGUGUUUUAAAGCAUCUUUACCAUCUAAUCAUUCCAGAUGAAAUACUGUUGCUGAUGUAAAGAGUAAAAUCCUGCAACUCUAAGUCCGUAAGUCCAGAUCUCUGAAACGAUCAACCACAGCAGAACUGCUGAACUUGUUAUUAGUGGUUAAACAGCGAGGAGACUUCAGGCUGAGCUCAGUAUUCAACAGUUUCCAUCAGAGCUGCCAGUCGCUCCAGCACAGCACCCACCUUUAAAAAAAAGAAGACACGUCGUCCAGGGACCAAGUCAGUCUGAUUAAAACUGACUGUUAGUUUGACAUCUGUAUCGACAGAAAUCUGGUCAGUUAACAACCUGUUCACCAGUCAGUUUUCAAAUUUCCCUGAAUGCAUCAGAAAUGAUGUAUCUGACCUCCAUUUUCCAAGAUGUUUUAGCUAACUUCACUCUUUGUUUGUACAGGUCCUUUAAAUUCUGCCAGUCCUCGAUACAAGUUCAAUUUCAUUGCUGAUGUGGUGGAGAAGAUCGCUCCAGCUGUGGUCCACAUCGAGCUCUUCCUCAGGUAAGAAGACCUCAUCUUCACCAGAAGCUGAAGUAAAGUUCACCUAUUCCCAAACUUUAUAAAGUCAGGGAAAACUUGCAAACUUUCCUCCUGCAAGUGUCUCUGAGGUUUAGAGAUGUUGAAUCAUACUCAGGAUGUCCACAGAGGGCGCUGGUGAGUUCUUUUAAAUAUACAUCAUCUGGUGAUGUCAUACCUGUAUAUAAAGCUGUUUUCCGCCAAAAGUGACACAUCGUGUUUUCAUGUGGAGCUGUGUCCCUCUCUGUUUCUAAUAGACCAGAACAUAAACUCAGCUGUUUAAAGAGACACUUAUUCACACAAACUUGAGUCAGACAUGAACCACCUUUGGUCUCUCACAUGCUGUUUACAGUUCACUGUUGAAUAAACCUCAAAAAUCCUCAUCCAGGUUAGAUUAUAAUGAGAAGCAGUGACCCAACUUAAACUGUGAUUUCUCUGAAACCAAAGUUAAAACGAGCUCCUUCAUUCCUAAUGGAGCUCUAACUGUCAGUAAAAAGCUGAUCCAAGGUCAGUUCAAGCUCUCUAGGAAACCAGCCUACACCCUCAAAGGUUUGUCUUCUGAUCAGACACCUUGUCCUCUGUUUGUAGUUUCUCUGUCCUCUGUUUGGUAGUUUUUUUGUCCUCUGUUUGUUGACACCUUUUCCUUUGUUUGUAGUCUCUUUGUCCUCUGUUUGUUGACACUUUGUCCUCUGUAGUUUCCUUGUCCUCUGUUUGUUGACACUUGGACCUUUGUUUGUAGUUUUUUUGUCCUCUGUUUGUUGACACUUUGUCCUCUGUAGUUUCCUUGUCCUCUGUUUGUUGACACUUUGUCCUCUGUUUGUAGUUUCUUUGUCCUUUGUAGACACUCUAUCCUCUGUUUUUAGUUUCUUUGUCCUUUGUUAGUAGUCAUUUUGUCCUCUAUUUGUAGUUUCUUUGUCCUCUGUUUGUAGUUUCUUUGUCCUCUGUUUGUAGUUUCUUUGUCCUUUGUUUGUAGUCAUUUUGUCCUGUUUGUAGUUCCUUUGUCCUCAAUAUGUAGUUUCUUUGUCCUCUGUUUGUAGUUUUUUUUGUCCUUUUUUGUUGACACUGUGUUCUCUGUUUUUAGUUUCUUUGUCCUUUGUUAGCAGUCAUUUUAGUUUGUAGUUUCUUUGUCCUCUAUUUGUAGUUUCUUUAUCCUCUUUUUGUAGUUUCUUUGUCCUUUGUUAGUAAAGCUUUGUCCUCUGUGUUUUCUAUGUCCUUCAUUUGUAGUUUCUUUGUCCUUUGUUAGUAGUCAUUUUGUCCUCUGUUUGCAGACACCCUCUGUUUGGAAGGAACAUCCCACUGUCCAGCGGCUCGGGCUUUGUCAUGUCAGAUAAUGGACUGAUUGUCACAAACGCUCAUGUUGUCUCCAGCUCCACACCUGUGUCUGGACAGCAGCAGCUUAAGGUACAGACCCUGUCUGUUCUGCAAAUAUCCUCAGCUCUUCACCUGAACAGUGCUCAGGGUUUAAGAGUAUUGGUUUACCCUCUGGUGUUCGGUUCCUCUCUGCAGGUCCAGAUGCACAACGGAGAUGUGUUUGAAGCCAGCAUUAAAGACAUCGACAAAAAGUCUGACAUCGCCACAAUCAAAGUCAACGCUCAGGUGAGCACAAAAGUCAUAUAUACACCUGUAAGAGGAAGGGUCACCAAAGGGACAUCCUAAACAGUGAUUAUCAACCUAGGAACCAAACCCUCAGAGGGGUCCUGAUAUAAUUUCUUGGAUGGCUGUGGAUGAAAAAAGACAAUUAAAAUGAGAAACAUGCAGAGAAUUAAACUUGAUAAUGGUUUUUACAUAGAAGACUCUAGACCAUGGCCUCUGUGGUGAAACAAAACUGGUCUCCCUAGGUGUCUGGUCUGAUUAAGUCUAGUUUUGGUUUCUGUUGGUCUCAUGAUGCCUGUUCUGUACCUUGAAGGUCUUUGCUGUUGCUCCCCCUGCUUUAGAUUUGCAUGUAUGCACAUGAAACAGAAGGGUUGCGCUCUGUCUGUCUCAAGUUUUGGUAUACCACAUACACAUGAACAGAGUCAUACCACCAAAUUUAACUCAUGACAUGAAGACUUCUAUAUUAUUCUCUUGGACUGAAAUACUUAUCCUGACUGAUCUGUGGUCUGAGGGAGAGGUGAGAGAAUUACAGGGAGUUUUUAGUGGGUUUUGAGGAGCCAGUUUUUGGUUAAAGUGGAGCACUCUGACACAUCUUAGAUUACUAAUGUUGGUAUGAAUCAGUCAGUGACUAAAGCUGACGCUUGAGGACAGACAUCCUAAAAACUUCAUAUUGGUUACACUGUUUGAUCCCUCCUCACUAAUUUCAGCUCAAACCGUUACAGCCGCAUGUUUUUCAGGAAGAAGACAACUUUAUUUGGGCUGAUCUGUUUAUGAAAGCCUCUCUCUUUCUCAUACAGUCAUUGUUUCUUUUCCCUGAACCCCCUGCUGUGUUAUCCUUACCCCUGUAAAAUAACAACAGUACAGUGUGGAUGCAGCCUCACUGUGAUGAGAGUUUCCAUUCCUCCAUUUAAAGACAAUGUGAACAUAAACAGUCCGAAACACAUCCUUAACUGUGUCGUUGCAUGCAGCUGAAAGCCUCUGAGGAAACGUGCAUGACAUGAACAUCUGGAUCUCAGCUGCAGUGAAGUGAAAACAUGGGAAAACCAGCAUGUAGAGUGCAGUAGAGACACAAACAGAGACUGUAAUCCUCACAGAGAGCUGUCACCGUGGACCCAAGGUUCCACAGAGACUAAAACACAACAUCGUAGUAGGAUCAUAAAUCAUGUUUCAGAUUUCAGCACAGAGCUGCUUUUCUUUCUGUGAGGAUCAUUGAGCUGACGAUUGAUGGUCUGACAUCAACCUCAUCCUUUUACCUCUUCAUCGUGCCACCUCCUCAUCAUGCAUGGCAUCUGCAUGUGGACUGAGCUGCAGAUCUCUUUAGCUUCAUCUGUUUUCUGUUGUCUUUGUAAAAAUGUCUUUUUCAGCCUCGAACAAAAGAAACAGUCACAUGUGUCGGUCACAUGAUAGUCUGGGUUAAAUCAGGCAGUUUUUUGAUCAAACUGAAUGGGCUUCAGGACUUUCAGAGCUCAGCAUCUUGUUUUGCAAUGGUUUUGGGACACCGAUGCGCCCAUCAGAAUCCCACCUGGAUCACUGAUGACUGGUUUAGCAUGCAGCCAUGUUAGCAGGAGGUUUGAGGUCACUCACACAUCCUGGUUCUUUUUCUUUCACGUGUUAUCCAGCCCUUUUCUCUCUUCUUCUCUGUUCUAACUUUCUAAAAAAAAAGAAACCUAAAGAAUGUCAUGAAGAUAAAUAUCCUAAACUACAUCUCCCAGCAGGGUUAGGGUUAACAAUUACAGAUCAGGGACAUCACCCUUUUGUUUUUGAAGCAGCGUUUUCAAGCCUAUCAGUGACGGUUGCCUUUUUGGUGAUAAUGAUUCACCUAAGUUUUAUCAGCCUACAAGAGGCAGGUCUUUAGCCUGAUCCAUAAAAGGAUAUUCUGGUGUAAAAUUAAUUUAGUAUAUAUAUAUAGCAAUACACAUCGGUCUGAGGAGCCAUAAACAAACCUCAACCAACAAGCCACUCUAUAGCCACAAAUAAUGCUCAGAACAGCACCUAACUUCAUCAACAGUACAUAUAGGGUCCCAGCCAAAGUACUAGCCACCAAACAUCUUUUUAACUUCGCCUAAUUUCUCUAGCAAAGAGAUUAAACACAACUCACCUACUCUCUUCCAGCAGCCGCUUGUUUGUAGCAAGACCUCAGGCCAGUCCAUUACGGACCUCUGCAGGGUGACACAGCUCAAGGAAGAACAUUUGUGAUAAUUUUUUCAUGGAAAUGCAAUCAGACUGAAACGCUAUGGCGGAAGAACUACCACGUCUGUAGUGCAAAUGAUUAAUAUGGUGAUUAUUACUUUAAGGAAAUGAUAAAGAAAUUAUCAUAAAUGUUCAGAGCUGCGAAACUCUGCUGCACUCUGUGAUUGACUCGUCAGGGCUCCCCCCACAUACAAGAGGCUGCUGGAAGAGAGUAGGUGAGUUGUGUUUAAUCUCUUUGCUGAGGAAAUUAGGCAAAGUUAAAAAGAUGUUCGGUGGCUAGUACUAUGGCUGUGACCCUUUAUGUCCUGUUGAUGAAGUUAGGUAUUAUUUGUGGCUAUAGAGUGGUGUUUUGGUUAAGGUUUUUGUGUGGCUCCUCAGACCACUGUCUAUUGCUACCCUGUGGUCAUUACUCAAGUUGGUAUAACUAGAGAAGCAAGCGGUCAGCAACAUUCAUCUCUCAAGGGGGUGUCUAACUUGGUGUUAAGGUGUGUUUGACCCUAAAUUAAUUUUACACCGGAAUAUCCCUUUAACAGCUACAGGACUUCCCCCUGUCAGUCAAGUUAGCUGUGCCUCUGAUUUGCUAAACUGGAAAUGUUAAUAACUCUAAAACGAACAGGUUACAGAAAACCAAACUGUAGACAUGUUAAUUAGGAUGAGCUUUCUGAAUGAGAGUGUGUGUGGUAAACAGCCUCUAGUGGACACUCUGGGAACUGCAGGUUUUAGCAUUAGCAUCAUUUCUCCGGGCUAGAGGGUGCCGCUUAAGGCAGCAUUCUGUAACCUAACAACGGUAAACGCCAGUGAUUAGUCCGAGGCCAUGGAUGCUGCAGAAAACCAGCUCAGUGCUCAGAUCCAGAACUCUUCUGCUCUGUGUUUGGAGGGUUUUCUGUAGUCUGUUAUCCUCACCUCUUCAUUCUCACGUUCAUUCUCUGUCAGAGAGUUUAUUUUCCUCCGUUUAUGAAGAUGAACUGAAGCUUUCCAAACAGAGAAAGUCUGUUUUUAUUCUGAUGUGCUCAUGUGAUUCAGGAGCGAUGAGGUCAAAGUUUUCUAAUGAUGGUUGUUUUUGUAACUCUGGUUGGUUUUCUCUGUAAAUGAAACCUGUUGGAACAAUGAGGCUCAAAAACAAAGAGAAAAGGUCCACAGAUGAGUGUUUCAGCCCCAGAGUCAGAGAGAUCCAUGCUGGUUCAUGGUGGUUUGUGGUGGUUUAUGGUGAUGGGAAAGUCUGGAUGUAAACAAAAUGGUUUGUUUGCGGGGAUUUCUCCCCCGAGCUGCAUUAAUAAACCUCCUUCAGCUCUGCUGUUCCCGUAAAACUCCUGCAGAGUAAAGACUGUCUGCAGGCGCUUUCUCUGCACACUCUGCAUGUGCAUGUGUGUGUGUUUACAGUGUGUGUGUGUUUACAGUGUGUCAAUGGGCAGGCAGCAGAAGGGGUUCACAGGGUGGAGGGUUGGCGCACUGUCAGGGUGGAAACCUCCAGAGAGACACCAAACACCUCAAUCCGUCCACAGCAAAGAGCAUCUCUGGGAUCAGAGGGAUUUAUCGACCUGCUGCUCUGACGCUGAUUCACAGAGGAAGUCUGAACGUUACCCCUUGAUCCAGGUCUCAUCAUGGUUUAUGUUUUAGAUUACAGUCUUAUCCUUAAGUCUCUGUGUUCUGGAGAACAGUGUUGGGUAUCAUGUCAGGCUGGUGAGAGACUCUCCUCAGAACAGGCCUGUAUAGAUCAAGGUUUUGGUUUCACAGAGAAAUACACUUUAUUCUUAAAGCCAGAUGUGUCUGAAACAUCUGCUCAGAGCCUGGGGGGUCAGGGGUCAGUGGUUUCCUGUAUAUGGUACCCCUGAGAUAGCGGCCUUUCCUGAUGCGUGAUGGGGUCCUCUGAAGAAAACAUGUCUGAAACAUGUGGACCUCAGACUGCAGAAAACGUGAUAAAUCAGUAAAACUCGGUAAAUCAGACCUGCAGUCCUCAGAAAGGGUCCGGACUCAGACUAACAGACAUUUAUAAAGCAGCCGGUUUCCAUUAAAACCAGUAAAGAAGCAGGUCAAAGCUGGCUGCCAUCAUUCAAACACAGACACUCAGUGAACCUCAGACCUGCAGUCCUGCAGACCGGCAGUCCUGAGGUUGGGUCAAACAGACGGGUUAGACCUGUUUCUGUGUCCAGAUCAUGAUGGAAACAUUAAAAACCUCAUUCUGCACAAUUAGUUCAGUCAGAUCCACCACAGCAGACAGGACGGUCACAGAGAGAUGUUGGUAGGUUUGCUCUCUGAGUCAGCUCUGGUGGGCAUCUGGUUAAGUUCAUGCAGUCUGCAGGUCCAGUCAAAAGAUUCUAGUGUCCAGGUCUUGUUGCACUAGGAGGUUUUGGGUAAAAUAAAUAUGACUUUAGUCUGAUACAAAGUUCCUUCUAUUGAAGUGUCUGUUGGAACUCCAGCAGGUGAGGGAGCAAAGGAGAGCAUCAGACAGAGGAUACUAACCCUAACCCUAAUUGGGGCCCUGACCCUCGACCCUGACCCUAACCCUGUUUCUGAAGGUGUCACAGGUGCAGGUUCAUUACCUCCGGCUGCUGCUGAUCCCGUCCUUUAACGGUUUAUCCACAUGUUAUUAUAAGUGCUGACGUCUUUGUGCUCAUGUGUCUGUGUUUUGUUCUGAGGUUAGAGAACAGAGUUUAUAUAGAUAUAUGUAUAUAAAUAUAUAUAAAGGUUUGGAAGCGUUAGUGUUUGGUGAAGUGGGAGGACAGGACGGUGGUUUUAGUUCUGCAGGUUUUUGGGCCUCCGUCUAUAUAAACAUUUGGAGGAAAUCUUCAGCUGAAGGAAACUUUAUCCCUGUGUCCACACUUAAUAAAAUAAUCUAAAACCUCAGAGGAAAACGUGGUCAGAAAGAGGAGGCCAGAGGGUUCAGAGCAGCUGUGAAAACCCUUUCACAAUAAAAGCAUAUAAAAACAACAGGUUAGAAGAUGAGAGAUACAAAGAUAUGAACAGGACUGAGGAAUCCACAGACAGGAAAUCAGUCUGUCUGUUUGGAUCCUCCACACCUCCUCUACCUUAGCUCAUUGCAGCUGAAAUAUCAGUCUGAACACAACAGCUGAGACAGAGGGACACCUGCCUGCUACCAGAAACUCAUGUGGAUAUUACUCCGAGUUUAUUCAAGGCUUUCCUGUUAAAGAAGCAGUCUGUGAUUUUACGGAGUACUGUAAAUGCUGUGCCUAUGUUACAGCGUGAUAGACAUGUAGAUGCUACAUGGCUAACUACACCAACAGAGACCCCAAGCAGGUUUAAAAGUCACCAUAAAGACAGACCUGGAGCAGGCUGAACGUGUCCAAAACAUCCCAAAAUCAAACUGAAGCAAAAAGUGUCAUCAAGUCAGAGAUGGAGGACUGACCUUACUCUGCAGAAACGUUUAAAUAGAGCUUAAGCUGAGCAGUCAGGUCACCAUAUCUAUGUUUAGCUGAGUUUACUAAAACAUGUGGUCGCAAUAAACAGUUUUCAGAGAGCCAUGAUGAGAAUUCAAGGAUGAGAGAGCGUUCACAAUGUUAAAAAGAACAGAGUUUGAUGCAUUACAGAUUUUUUAAAUCUGCAUUUAAUCCAAAAAAGCGCAAACACAACAAGUCUAAUGUUGAGAAUGUUUUUUGUUUUAUAAGAAAUAUUUCUGCUCAUUUUAAAUCAGAUGUUUGUAAAAAGUAGUUCGAGGUUCAUGUUUCUCAUUAUGUGCACUCUGCUCUUCUUUUACCAACCUUUUGUAAACUCACUAGACCAGGUUCAAGAGACUGCUCAACAGUUCAGGGUCUCCUAUGUCCUAUUUUUGGUGUCAUGAUGCUCCAAAUGUUUUAAUGGGGGACAAGUCAUGACUGUCUUCUUCUUCUUCUUCUUCUUCUUCUUCUUCUUCUUCUUCUUCUUCUUCUUCUUCUUCUUCUACUACUACUACUACUACUACUACUUCUACUUCUUCUACUUCUUCUACUACUUCUUCUUCUUCUACUUCUACAACUGUUGUAAUCCCUGUUGUCAGAAUGUGGUCUUCCCUGAGUAAGUCUUUGUCUGGAUGGCUAAACUCGUAGAUAUUGUUCAGCAUUAAUGGAGUCUUCACAAACAUGGAAGAUACCCAUGACAUGGACUGGGAUGCUGGUUUUGGACUGGGAGCUGAGAUCAAGAUGGGUGUGUGAUGUGAAGCUGGUGUGGAUUUGUUUAUCCUUCCAGCCUCGCAGGAACAGAGCACCAAAGCCUGACGUAUGUUUUUUUCUGUACAGGUCUGUUUUGCUCCAUCAGGAGGAAUAUUCCAGGUGUUUCACUGAGAGCAGAUUUUUUUCUGGACUCAUACCCAGAAGGGGUGUGGUGACUUUGGAAAGUCCGGGGUUUUUCUGUGGAAAUAGUUUGAGAGCUUGAGGAGGGGUCACGUGUUAGAUAAGGACAGCUGAGGGAAGGUCUCUCUGUCUAAUAACAUCUGAGGGUAAUAUUAGAGCUGUACUAGAACCAGGACCAGGACCAGGACCAGGACCAGGGAGAGUCCUUAAAGAAGCAGGCUGAGCUCAUUCCUCACCCCUUCAGUCUGCUCACAUGUGUUUUCAUUUAGCUCUGUCUCUGUGGACUCUUGACUCACGUGUCCUUUCUCUAGUCUUUCUGUGUCCUGAAGGUGUCUCUGAGGUUUUGAACCCUCAGCUCCUGGUUGUGUUGUUGUCCUGUUGGAGUUGUUGUUGGUCAGUAGGGGAACAGCUUGUGGUGUGUUCAGGCUGUGUUGGUUUUUAGAGUAUCUGUAAAGUGUCAGUGUGUCACAGGCUGAGCUCACGGCUGCAACACUGUCUGCAGAUUUUAUUUGAACUCCAAGUGUCUGAGGGUCUGGCAGGAUCUCUGUGGGUGUGGACUGGAUUCAGGGCGUGCAGCCAGCUGCCGCACAGAGAUGAAAUCAGCGUAAAUCCAGCUCAGAGUCUCAGGUCUCUCAGGUUUGUCUUCAGCAGCUCAUGUCCUCACGGUAUGCCUUCAAACACCUCAGAGGUUGGCUUUUUCAGUCCUUCCAGAGUCCUUCCUGUGGUUUUUCAUUCUAAAUCAAAUAUUGUCUGAGUGUGAAUGGUGUCCCUCACCUUCUCCAUGUGUCCCCAUGAUCCUGUUCUAUUCUUAGACCAAGUUGCCGGUGCUGUUUCUGGGCCACAGUGCUGACCUGAGGCCCGGGGAGUUUGUGGUCGCCAUCGGGAGCCCGUUCGCUCUGCAGAACACCGUCACCACGGGCAUCGUCAGCACGGCCCAGAGGGACGGGAAGGAACUGGGCCUCAGGGACUCGGACAUGGACUACAUCCAGACUGACGCCAUCAUUAACGUGAGAUCGCAGUGAAGAUUUUUCUGAAAAGUCUCCGUUCAGUUUAAAAUCACAGGUUCUAAAGUGUUUCAUGUUGUUUUUGUCUGUCCAUCCUCGGCAGUACGGAAACUCAGGAGGACCUCUGGUUAACCUGGUGAGCCUCCUGUUUCCCACCUCACAGUAAUGUGGCUGUUGGUCAGCAGAAAUCAGAAUAUUCACUUUUAUUUCUCUGGGUUUCAGGAUGGGGAGGUCAUCGGCAUCAACACCCUGAAGGUGGCGGCAGGAAUCUCUUUUGCGAUCCCCUCUGACAGGAUCACCCGCUUCCUGAACGAUUCUCUAGACAGACCGAGUAAAGGUGAGUCUGUGAGCUGAUGUCAAACAGCUGACAGUGACCUGUUUGUCAUAGAGGUUAAACCUUCCCUCUGUUUCAGAUGUGAGGUCUGUGAAGAAGCGCUUUGUUGGGAUCAGGAUGCUGACCAUCACACCAGCGUGAGUCUCGAUGGAGCAUCAAUUUUUUAUAAUAUAUGCAAAGACUGUAGAGAGGAUUGGGUUUCCACUAGGGGUGUGAGAAAAAAAAUCAAUACAGCAUUGUAUUGCAGUAUUUUGUCUGGUGAUAUAGUGUAUCAUCUCAUUUACCAAGUAUCAAUUUGUCAUAAUAGAUGUAUAGACUGAAGAGAGGAUUGGGUUUUCACCAGGCUGUUUUACUGAAACUCUGUGCCCAGCUUACAAACUGCUGAAAGUAUCAGAGGUGUCCCACAGGGAUCUGUGCUGGAUCCUCUUCUUUUCACUUUGUGCUGCAAAGGAAUACCCUAAAAAAGAUGUUUCUGCUUUCUUACACCCAUCAAUAAAGGUCAUGAUGAAUUGUCAGACUGUACUGACCAAAUCAUGUGCUGUUGUGACCAAGUGGGAAAGUUCAUCGCACUAGUGCUACUCGUGAAAUAGUUAGUGUACCACCUCAGCCCAUUUCAGCCGAUUACAGUCCUCCUUCCAAACCCACAGAGCAUUUUUUGGUCUAAAAGAUGUGGGAUCUGACUUUACCCUGGUUAUAUGGAUUUUUGCUAAUGCUGCUCUGUUCGGGGUCUUUGCGUCCGCUCUACUGCCUUGGCGUUUCACAUAUGCACAUGAGACAGACAUUCACAUGGAAGUGGGCUCCAACAAGAGAGCCCACAGGGGUCUUUUGCAGAAUGUGGUCCUGACUGAACUACCUUUUUGUUAAACACACACAUUCAGCAAACAGCUGGUAAACAGACUGACUAAAACCAGGUCAAUAUGCUGCAGCCUGUCAGCAUUUUACAGUAGUUCUCUAUAGCUCAAUGUAUAAUCCACAGAUUUAUAUUAUAUUUCUGAAAGUGAGGGAUCAUCACAACAACAAUCAGCACAUCAGUUCAGGUUGAGCCAGAGGAAAUGUCUCCAAACAGAGAGCCUCCUGGAGUUUUGAGGUGUUUUCAGACAGUGUUAUCCUUCCGUCUGUUUUUUAUUCUUCUGGCAUCAUGGUAGUUAAAGCUUCAUUCAUGCUCCUCAAUCUUAAACCUUCUGCAGUCAGUGUUUAGCCUGUUGUUGCAGAAACUCUGUCCUUCCUCUCCUCUACCUGCUGAUCAUCCACACAUUCACAGUCCUGACGGGUUUCUAUCUUUAGGUUAAUCGAGGAGCUCAAACAGCAGAACCCAGACUUCCCCAACGUCACCAGUGGGAUUUAUGUGCACGAAGUCGUUCCACACUCGCCUGCAUACAAGUACGAUUCAUUCAUUCAUGCAAAAAGAAUACACAUCUAAAUAAAGCUUAUCCUGCAGCCCUGAAACUUUCUUCUCUUGUCUUGGUCUUCAGAGGAGGGAUCAAAGAUGGAGACAUCAUAGUGAAGUUAAAUGGCAGGCCUAUGAUGACCACGGCUGACCUCCAGGAGGCGCUUCAGGAGGAGGCGGCCCUGCUGUUAGAGGUCAGGAGGGACAAUGAUGAUCUCCUCUUUAACAUCGAGCCUGAUGUCAUCAUGCAGUAG